CCCUUUCAUUUUCGUUUCCAGUCCCUUUAAAUCAGAUUUUUUAGUAUAAAUUUAAAGAAUUUGUUAAUACUGAUUACUUAACACUGAAUUUAACCUUCAUAUUGGGAUAUUUCAAGAGUUUCCGGUGAUCAGUUCGGGAACUGUGUCUGUAUGACGUAAUUUCAUGUGACCCACCAUAUAUAGAGUGGCAUGUCCGAUUCACAAUGGUACAUAUUAAACCUCUGUAUGAUCACAGAUGACGGAAAACCUGUUUUGCCGUUGGGAAUCACUCUUUAUUCCAUUUAUAAUUCCAUUUAAUUUACAACUUUUGUUGGCAACUCUUUUGUAAAGAAAACCUUUAAAUUCCAAAUACUGAUCUUUGACACUAAUCUUGACACAUGAGCUAAGGGUAGAACUUGACUGGGUUCAGCUCAGGGUGUAGUUGAGAUCUAGGAGCUCCGUUGGAGGGUUCUUACAUAAAGAUCUGGAGAAUCAGCACACAAACUAUAACCCGGAGAAAGAAUUCAAAACCUGUAUCAAGAAGAUAAAGUUUCAACAAAUCCCGGUGAAGAACACUCAAUACUAAGCUCUCUGGAGAAACCGACGCAACCCUGAUCAACAAAGAGCCUAGAAUUUUAACUCAGAACCCAGAUCAACUCAAUACCUUCAGAACUAAUAUCCGUAAACCAAAGAUAAACCCGAAAUCUAAAGAGAUUGUCAACCUUCAGAAUUGAAACUAUAAUCUGGAAGGAGAACUCAGAUACAGAUAAUCAUGAUUCUAGCCAAAAUAUUGAUGUUCCAUCUGACAAUGAUGAUGCUGCUCCUUCUCUCAAUAAUUUCAUAUUCAGUCUUCUUUCAGGCCUACUCUCCACAUCACAAAUAUUCCAAGGAGAUGAAUUUAAUGUUUCAAAGCUGUCCAGAAACACCCGGAGUUUGUUCAUUCCCUAAUGCAAGUUUAGAUAUGGAUGCGGAGAAGAUAGAACUGAAUCGAGGAUUGAAAUACAAGGUUUCAGUGGAUAUAGUUCUACCUAAAUACCAGGAUGACGCGAUGUUCUUGUUAUGUUUUCGAGCUCGAACUAGGGCGGAUAAGUUGAAAACCAUCACCUGCAAGUCCUCUCUUCUUCUUGGAAGUGAAUUCUGGCACCCGGAGAACAUAUUUAAUUUCUGGGAAUCAAGGGAACUGGUUAACCGGAAAAGUAUCAUGUUAACCGAAAGUUUCUCUGAGGAAUAUUCUGAUCCAAUCAAGGAACUGUCUGUCGAGUUCCAAUCCAAAUUUCUCAUGAUUCACUCUGUGGAGAUUGAAAUAGAAAGUCAGUUGAACGGGUUUGGAUAUAUACAGAGCAGCUAUCCUUUCAUAUUUGGUUUGGCGGGGGUCACUUCAAACGUUCUCUUUCUCUCAGUCGUCUUCCUCGUCUCAUUCUCGAGCAUUAUUCUACCAAAAAAGGUUGACUAAAUGUGGACUGUUAAUAUCCGGACGAAAGAAACUACAUAUAUCAAGCUUUUUAGACGAAGAAAAUAAUAAAUCAAGAUUUUUAGACGAAGAAAAAUAAUAAAUCAAGAUUUUUAGACGAAGAAAAAUACUUUCAUCAAGAGGUUUAGGCGGGACAUACUACUUAAAUCAAGAUGUCUACACGAAAUAAACAAGAUGUUUAAAACUAAAUAAAUUACCUAAAUCAAGAAGUUUAGACGAUACUACUAAAAUCCAGAUGUUUAGACGAAAUAAAUACUUAAAUCAAGAUGUUUCCACCCAAUGACUUGAAUCAGGAUGUUUAGACGAAACUACGUAAAUCAAGGUGUUUAGACAGAACAAGCUACCUGAACCAAGAUGUAUAGAAAAGAUACAAAUAUAAAUUAAGAUGUUUA